GGGCUUACAGCUCAAAAACUUGUCGCUGCCGUGUGAGAGGGAGUCUGUUGUCGCUUCUCCAGCUCUACAACAAAGCCCAGGCUCUCCACGGAGAUCACUGUCCCCGCUCUUGUGGCUCCGCGACACCGCAGUCUCCUCUCCUCCUCUCCUCUCCGCCAGCACGGCGACAGAAGUGUGUUUUUCUCGGUUUUUCCUCGCAGACGUGACAGUUCCCCGCCGCCAUGUUCGAGGCUCGCCUGGUGCAGGGCUCCAUCCUGAAGAAGGUGCUGGAGGCCCUGAAGGACCUGAUCACCGAGGCCUGCUGGGACGUGAGCUCGUCGGGCAUCUCCCUGCAGAGCAUGGACUCCUCUCACGUCUCCCUGGUGCAGCUCACGCUCAGACACGACGGCUUCGACUCGUACCGCUGCGACAGGAACCUGGCCAUGGGGGUCAACCUCAGCAGUAUGUCAAAGAUCCUGAAGUGUGCAGGGAAUGAGGAUAUCAUCACACUCAGAGCAGAGGACAAUGCAGAUACACUAGCCCUUGUGUUUGAGACCCUCAACCAGGAGAAAGUCUCCGACUAUGAGAUGAAGCUGAUGGACCUGGAUGUUGAACAGCUAGGCAUUCCAGAGCAGGAGUACAGCUGUGUGGUGAAGAUGCCCUCUGGAGAGUUCGCUCGCAUCUGCCGUGACCUGUCACAGAUCGGCGACGCAGUCAUGAUCUCUUGCGCCAAGGACGGAGUGAAGUUCUCGGCCUCCGGAGAGCUCGGUACGGGAAACGUCAAGCUGUCCCAGACCAGCAACGUGGACAAAGAGGAAGAGGCUGUUACCAUUGAGAUGAACGAACCCGUCCAGCUGAUCUUUGCUCUGAACUACCUGAACUUCUUCACAAAGGCCACACCACUGUCCAAGACAGUCACCCUCAGCAUGUCUGCCGAUAUCCCCCUUGUGGUGGAGUACAAGAUUGCCGAUAUGGGACAUGUCAAAUACUACUUGGCCCCGAAGAUCGAUGAGGAGGCUUCCUAAAUUGUGUGUGACAGACCAAAGAGGGAAGACGGAGAUGAGCAAAUAACUGGGACUCUUCCUGUGUGAUUGAAGGACUGAAGUCAUCUCAUGGCUGACAAUUCCUCUGAAUUUGAAAACAUGCAGUCUUAAGAGGAUCUUCACAGAUGUGAGCAACGUGAUCAGACUUCAGAUGUUCAGAGCAGCGCGCUUUGGUCCGGACAUCUCCAGUGCAAAUUCCAGCACUUGUUUACUGGUUCUUAAAGUCCCUCUCUUGCCCCCUUUGCCUGUGUUGGAAAAGCAGUUUAAAGUUUUUGUAGAUAACACAUUUGUAAAUAAGUACUCGGUUGGGUCCAAACGUUUUUGUAUUCAUGAAUUCAGUCUGAAAUAAACAGUUCAAGUUGUCUCAGAGAUCUUGUUCUA